CAUCUUUACCUUAUAAAAAUAUAAAGGAGCCGCUUCUCUACAGCCGGAUGUAUUUGCUUCUCCCGUACACAACCUGCUCCAUUCUUGGCGAGCGUUCAGGCGAAAGAGGAAAAAGAGAGGAGUGCACCGCGAGUGUACAGCUCGAAGAUCCACUUCCAAGUGCUUCCUUUUAGGUGAGAUUGAACUUUGAUUUCUUCCUCAUUCUUAUUAGUUCAAGCUAGGGUUUCAGAAGAUCUCUAUUCUGUGACUUCCAAAUCUUCGCCUCACCCACAACGCCGCCAUGGUGGUCCGGCUACGACAUCCUACGAUGCGGCGGCAUUUGCUUCUCCAUUGCCGUGGGCAAUGCUAUAGUGCUAACACAGUAGGAACGAGGAUAAUCUUAUAUACCUUCAAGCAAAUAGACAAUCGGAGGAACUUCACAAAGAUGGAAAUUACUCCAAUAUCACAACUACGUCCAGGAAAGUUAAAUUAUGCUUUACAUGUGCGAAUAUCUAGAAUGUGGGAGUUUAGAGGCACAAAUGAACAGAACGACAUCAAACACCUUGACCUUGUUCUCAUCGAUCAAAAGGGAAAUUCAAUAUAUGCAGAGAUUCCACCAGAUGCAAUUGCUGUCUUAAAAAGCCACAUCUACACGAAAAAAAGAUUGUAUACAUAUCCAAAAUAACAAUUGAACGAGCUAAACUGGGAUUCAGAGUUGUUGACAAUCCUUAUAUGGUAAAGCUCAACAAGAGAACCAUUGUGCUUGAAGAUAAGGAUCAAAUUCAAGGUUUUCCUAAAUAUACAUUCUCACUAACACCCUUAGAUAAGUUGGACCAAUACAAAAACAAGACCGAUCGUUUUAUAGAUGUCAUUGCUAAGAUCAGUGGAGUAUCAAAUGUAGCAAAGGUUCCUACAACCUCAGGAGAUCAGCAAAUGAGGAGAGUUGUAUUAUUAGAAGACCUUAAGGGAAACAUGAUUGAGCUAUCACUAUCAGGAAAAAGAGCUUUGGAAUUUGACGGAGAUCAAGUUUUAGAUGUGGGUCAGCAACAUCAUGUUAUUGCAAUAUUUGUAGGAACCUUAGUCAAACUUUACAAAGGUGAAUAUACAUUCUUGAGUGGAACAUCAGCAUGCCGGUGGUACAUCAACGAAAAUGACAUUGCUGAAAUCAAGGCUUUCCAGAAAAGUUUGCCAAGUGAACCUGUACCUAUCAAAAAGACCUAUCUCCAAAAUGAUGAUGCAACUCACAAAUUUGAGGAGAAAAGUCUGGAACAGCUCAAGCAUGUAGACCCUUUCCUUGACAUGGGACAAAGAUAUCAGUGCACAGCUACUAUAAUUGGUAUCACAGAAAACCAAACAUGGUGUUACAAAGCAUGCAAGAUCUGUAACUCAGCAAUCAUUCAAAAGGAAAAUGGUUAUAAAUGCACAAAGGAAGGAUGUCCAUCUACACAAUUUGAAUGGAAGUACAAGAUACCAUUCAUUGCAAGUGACCACACCUAUAAUCUAGAGUUUAUGUUCUUUGAAAAAAAGGGAAUGGAGCUUAUAGGAAAGAGUGCAUCGACUCUUCGAAAACAAUAUGAACCAAAGGAGAUACCACCGGAUAUAACAUCUUGGAUAGGUUAUAAAUUCACUUUUGUUGUUAGAGUCCUAUCAAAGAAAAGUGUCAAGACUAUUGAUCCAUCCUUUGAAGUGCUUAUGAUAAAAGAAAAAUACCAGAAGGAACCUAUUAUAUCAUUUAUCAGCUCAAGUGGAGUUGUACCAGCAGAAUCAUCUUCCUCUACAAUGGCAGAAUACAAGGAAUUACCAUUGCUAGUGCCAAUUACCUCCAAAGACAUAGAAAAAAAGGAGCGAUCCACUUCACAACCAGAACACACCGAAGAAACUCAAGAUAUGGACAUUGAACCAUCUGGCAUUUGGGAAGAAUCUCAGAUUUCAAACAAAAGAAGCUUUGGAGACCCAAACUAUGACAAACAAGAAACAACUGAUGACAAAGAUGACCUUCCACAAUUCAAGAAAAUCAGGAGUACCCACUCUCAAGGAAAAAGCAAAAAAUGAUGCAUGAUAGACUAAGAAGACAAAGUAAAGUAGUAGACUUUAAAAGAUCUUGACUAAAGUAAUAUAUCUAUAUUUUCUGUUUCGAUAAACAACGAUAGCGCUAGUGCUACAUCUUUUAAUGUAUAUAACCAUGUAGUAUCAAUAGCGCUACAUCUUAAGCGUGUAGCACCAGCAGCGCUACAUAUUUUGAUGUAUAUAAGCAUGUAGCAUCAAUAGCGCUACAUCUUUUGUUAAAUAUAAGCACAUCUUUUGAUAUAUAUAAGCAUGUAGCAUCAA